AUGGCCGACGAAAUCGACCAACAUGAGGGCCGUCAGCCCUACAUUCAUUCCAUGAUCGCCGGUGGCCUCGGGGGAACCACUGGUGACAUGCUCAUGCACUCUCUUGACACGGUCAAGACGCGGCAGCAAGGCGACCCUCACGUGCCCCCCAAGUACACCUCCCUCGGGUCGACAUACUACACAAUUUUCCGACAAGAAGGAAUAAGAAGGGGACUGUAUGGCGGCUGGUUCCCAGCCCUCCUAGGCUCUUUCCCCGGCACAGUCAUGUUCUUUGGCACCUAUGAGUUCUCUAAACGCCACAUGCUUGACUAUGGCGUGCAGCCACACGUUGCAUAUCUCACAGCUGGUUUCCUCGGAGACCUUGCCGCAUCUGUCGUCUACGUGCCAUCCGAAGUGCUCAAGACCCGACUACAGCUACAAGGACGGUACAAGAAUCCCCACUUUAACUCCGGCUACAACUACCGCGGUACCGUAGACGCAGCAAGGACGAUCGUGCGCACCGAGGGCUUCUCCGCCCUCUUCUACGGCUACCAGGCGACACUAUACCGAGAUCUGCCCUUCUCGGCGCUGCAGUUCAUGUUCUGGGAGCAGUUCAAGGAUUGGGCACAGCAGUGGAAGGGAAGCAGGGAGAUCGGAACGCCGCUCGAGUUCCUGACGGGCGCCUCGGCAGGUGGUCUCGCCGGCGGCCUGACCUGCCCACUCGACGUUGUCAAGACACGCCUACAGACCCAGGUCAACCCCGCCCAGGCCGCGCAGGGGGCGAAGCCAAAACAGGGCGCCCCGGUAGACCCUCACAUCACACAAGCCGCCGACGGCAGGAGGAUAAAAGAAGCAACGAAGAGGCUCAUCUCCACCUCGUCCCCAUCGACGCACAGGCCCAAGCCCGGUGUCGCAGCGCUGGACACCUCGUCCGUGUUCGUCGGGCUGAGGAUGAUAUACAAGACCGAAGGAAUCGGCGGGUGGUUCAGGGGCGUCGGCCCGCGUGUCGUGUGGACCAGCAUCCAGAGCGGGUGCAUGCUGUUCCUGUACCAGAUCAUCCUGCGCAAGCUCGACGUGUGGAUGCCGGUCGAGCAAGAGACGGCGAUCUGA